AUGUUACCCCUCCUCACUGGCACCGGCACGCCGCGGGGCACGAGUCCUCGGAUCGUCACCAUGGCCGACGAUGAGACGCGGAGAUCCGACUUCGACGACCUCGACGACGCUGCCGAUGAGACCGCAUCGGACGGUCUCCUCCCCGUUGGGUACCCGGUGAAGGUCACGCGCGCGGGCGAGUGGCUCGACGAUUGGGCCGAGAUCCUCCGGGUCAACACCCGACCCACCUCCGACAAUCCCACGCCCACCUACGACGUCCUCGUGAAGCCCAUGAUCAAUGUCACGACCGUCUCCGACGAGGGCGGCGAGUCCGUUCGGGACGGCGACGGGAACAUCUUCCGUCUGCACAGCGUCUGGUACGUCAUUCGAGACAAACCGUACGCGUCGGAGGUGGUCGAGCUGCGACCCGACGUCGACCCCGACGACGCGAAAAAGGUGGCGGAGUACCGAAAAAGGUACGCCCAGGAAUCGUGGUACCGAGGCGCCGUCGCGGACGAGAAGCGGCGGAGAUCGAGCGUCACCGUGCGCGUGCUGCGCGCCGGCGACGUCGACAAGUUAGCCUCGGCCAGGGCUAACGACGACGGCGACGAGGCGAAGCCCGGGGGCGAAUCCCUCGGCGUCGUCGACGUCUCCACGCCGGUGGACGUGAACCUGUACUGGAUGAAAGACGUGCUCAAGCACAUGAAAAAGUUUACCCCCACGGUUCCCAAGUUGCCCGCGGGUUUCGGCAGAAGCGGCGCCACCUGGUUCUUCCACACCGCAAAGUCGCGAAAAGCGAUGGCGAACAACUUCAACGACGUCCUGCUGCCGUCGAUCAGGGAGGGACUCUGCGACGACAAGGACGCGCCCCUGCGCGGCGGCGCCCUGUACCUCGACGGCAAGAAACUCGCGGAGGAUCCGGAGGAGUGCGGGUUCCCGGGGUACUGCCACGAGUACCAGAGGGUUUGCACCUGGGCGAUUGACGAGGGGAUUCCAUUCGUCUUUGUCGCCGCGGGCGAGCGGUACGACGAGGAGGCGUGGCGCGGGGUGCACCACGGGCGACGGAAACCCGCGCGCGGCGUGGGAUGCGGGUGCGUCGUGAGUUGA